GCUCAUCUUUGGUCCUUCAUCCGUCUGGUUCUGUUGUUUUUCAUUGAUAAACAGCUCUGAUUGGACAACUAAGUGCAGGUUAGUGAUGGGUUAAUCCCAUCUCUGCGUAGGAGAGUUUGUGCCAAACGGAACGCCACAAAACCCAAAGCGCCAUCUGUCCGACAGACACUUUGUUCUGGCAGCAGCGAGGCGACGCAUCGCAUUUUACGCACAGCACGACCGCAGAAUCUCCCUCGAAUCUGAACCGCUUCCAGUCUGCGGGUCUCAGUUUUUAUUAGGAAUCCAAUGCAGCCUCCAGAUUGCUGAUUUUCACUCAGAUUUCAGAAGGUUUGGUGUUUCUGGAGCUGCGUGAAGCAGGGUGGUUGCUCCUCUGUUGUGCGUAAAGUGAACCCAAAUCUUUGUAAAAUCCUCAGAGUUGAUAGAAAAGAUGGAAAACUCCUCAUCCCAUCCGGAUCUGAACCAGACGCAUGAGACGUGGACAGACAAAAGCAUCCAGUACAAAGUGCUGAGCAGCUUGCUGCUUCUUCUGAUCUGCGCGCUGGGAAUCGUUGGGAACAUCAUGGUUAUCUUGGUGGUGCUCAUCACCAAGUACAUGAGAACCCCAACCAACUGCUACCUGGUGAGCCUGGCUGUGGCGGACCUGAUGGUGCUGACUGCAGCAGGACUGCCCGCUAUCCCAGACAACAUCUUCGCCUCCUGGGUGUUCGGCCGAUCCGGCUGUCUGGUCAUCACCUACCUGCAGUACCUGGGCAUCAACGCGUCCUCCUGCUCCAUCACUGCCUUCACCAUAGAGCGGUACAUCGCCAUCUGCCACCCGAUCAAAGCCCAGUUCCUGUGCACCCUCUCCAGAGCCAAGAAGAUCAUCCUGUUCGUUUGGGCUUUCACUUCCAUCUACUGUGUGAUGUGGUUCUACCUGUCAGACAUCGAGGAGCAGGUGUUCGACAACACCACCAUCAUCACCUGCGGCUACAGGAUCCCCAGGAAGUUCUACCUGCCGAUUUACUUCUUUGACUUCAGCGUCUUCUUCGUGGUGCCGCUGCUGCUCUCUGCGGUUCUGUACGGGCUAAUUGCCAGGAUCCUGUUCCUCAACCCGCUGCCCUCAGACCCCAAAGACAAGAAGAAGAACGGAGGGACCACCAACAACAACCACCAGGUUGUGAACAAGAGCACCAGCUGCAAAAACUCCCGACACUCCAGCUCCACCGCGACGUCACGCAGACAGGUGACGAAGAUGCUGGCGGUGGUGGUGAUGCUCUUCGCCGUGCUCUGGAUGCCUUACCGUACUCUCGUGGUGGUCAACUCCUUCCUGGAGAAGCCGUACCUGGACAAAUGGUUCAUCUUGUUUUGCAAGAUCUGCAUCUACCUGAACAGCGCCAUCAACCCGGUCAUCUACAACGCCAUGUCUCAGAAAUUUCGUGCCGCUUUCCGUAAGAUCUGCUGCUGCCGGGGGAAGGGCUCAGACAAACCGGCAGCCUACAGUGUGGCUCUCACCUACAGCGCUGUAAAGGACACUUCGCUGGUGGAAAGCACAGAUCACUUCACAACAGAGCUGGAGGAGCUCACCGUGACCGACGAGAUGCUGUUGGAUCAGAAGAUGAUGUUCGACUCUUGUGGAUGUGGAAAGGUGAAUUUCAGUCAUGACUGAGGUUGGUUUGAGGCCAGCGAGAGGACUCGGUGAGUCUCCUGGGGAAUAAAGACCUACAAAGUGUUGCUUAAUGGACUCCCUUAAGUGGGAAUAUUGUUUCCUGAGUGCCUGGUGACCUUUUCAAAGCCAGGCUGCAGCAGGUACAGAUGUAAACACAGAUCACAGCCAGUGAAGCAUAAUGAGAGCCUUAGAGGUUUGAAGCCAAACAUGCUGUUAGCCCAGAACGAUGCCAGACGUCGUAAAGCCACAAACCAAGUGACAGAUAAGCGCUUUCAUUACGCAGCUGUUAUCCUCAUAUCUGAGACCUGCCCACGUAAGGUGUCUGAGUCAACACAACGUGACUGUGUGCAAAAACACCUUACCCACUGCAAAUAUGUCACAGCACUCACAUUUAUGAUCCCUGGAACUGCUGGGGAAAUCACACUCGCACCUUCAAAUGGGAUCAAAAUGUCACUGAAAACAUAAAAACCUGCAAGGUGACAUCACUAAAGGGACACCUUCAGCUUUCACCUCCAUGUUGCAGAAAAGCAAAGGCGCAGCGGUCUGAGUCGGGCGAUCCGAAUGGAUGAGGAUCAGCAUCACCUAGAGAAGCUGUUUGGACCUGUUCACAGAAAACAAGCCAUCCUUUAACACCUCGGUGACCCCAGCAUCAUGGUGCUUUCAGGGCAGGUGCUUCAUUAAAGCGUGAGUCAUGCAGGAACCUCCUCUGACCCAACAGGCCAUUAUCUGCUGCAAAGGACAUGAACACAGAUGCAGUGUGGGUUCUGAAGGUUCUUAUGUCCUCUGAAAGACUCUGAACUUGUUUUCAGUAAAACUUGUACAUUAGGAGAAAUUUAUGAGGUGAUGAAAAUGUUUUUCCUAAACAGCUCCUUCCUGUAACAACUCCUUUCAUUUCUGACUGCAGAAACACAGGCAGAACUUUCCACAUCCGUUCUCUAUGUGUGGGCAUCUUUUAUACGUUGUUUCCUGAAUGAUCUCACCUCCAUUCAAUGAGCAAAAUGAUAAACAGCUGAACAGAAGCACAGCUCUGUCAACCGUGAAUACAGAUCAAGCAGAUUCAAUUUAGUUCACCAGAGUCUGUUUCUCAAAUCAAGUAAAGUUAGAAAAAAUCUGGAAUUUGCUUGUUUUUUUCCUCCAGGAAAUUUCCAAGUCUGAAUAAGGAUGAAAAAAACAUUUGCAUUUCCAGAAUCUCUUCCAUGUUUCAUCUUCUGAAAGACAAACAGUUUUCCCACUGAAUGUAGGUUGAAUAAGGAAAUGAUGGCAUCUCCUGGUUCAUCCAGAUCAAGCUUUGAGUUCAACCUUUUGAAAAACUAAUUUAAUGCAAAGGUACAGUUAAUAUUUGAAAAAAAGACCUCGCAAAUGGCACAAGAAUCAGCAAAAGAACAUCAGAACCAUCUCCUAAUCUUCAAGAUGAUGUCUGAUAUGGAAGAAGCAUCCUGACACACAUCAGUUUACUCUGGCAUGGACAGCUACAUCAGAGCUAUCCUAACUAACCGAACUCACUGGUGCUGUUAAAGCAAACUGAUUUACAAAGCAAAGGAUGAACUCUGUUAAUGAAAUCAUUAAAUCAGGAUUUCAGUUUGACGUCAGAAAAACCAACGACCACAGCACUCACUGGUAAAAAUAGCUAUAGUUGCUUAUAUUUCUUUAUAGGAGUCUUCAUUGAGAAUAUUAAAAUUGUUUCUACGUUAUUUUGAGGCCUUUAGAAAUAAUGAAUCGUAUUUAUUGGAAAAGACAAAUUGCUCUGAACAAUAAUAAUAAGUUUUAGGUGUUUUUAAGCAUAAUUUAGCCACUCAGAGUUUCGUCAGAAAGGAGACAUAUGACAAGGAUUAAAGUAACGGAUUAAAGUAAAGGUGGUGGUUAAAGGACAUCAUGCUGGAUGAAAAACAUCCAGAAUGUGGAUGGUCUUUGCAGGGUCUUGGUAAGAUGUUAAUUAGCUCUUGGUUUUUACUGGUUUCUGAUGAUGCACAAACUUCCUGGUAAGGCAUGCUGGGGUUUUACUGUACAUGGACCACAUGAACCGGUCAGCGUCAUUUAAAACUGGACUGACCUCAUGCUUGGCCUGCGUCCCCAUCACAGUCACACUGUGCUGACAGGAAGUUAUUGCAGCGCUCUACAGUUAUCAACCCAACCAUGAAAACUGCUCCUGGUGAGAGCAAAGACUAAUCCACGAUCUGUGUUCACCAACAAUACUAUACCACACUCAUUUAUUUACCUUUUAAGUGCAAAGCAUACUUACUGUCAUCAUGGUCAGCCCUGCUGACGAAAGAAGGAAGGUGAGCUUCUGCACAGAAAAUCCCUUCCCCUGCAUCCUGCUGCUGAAACUGGAGGAGAUAAACCUCCCAUGUUGAUGGAGAUAUUCCACAGAUUGUGAGAGGAUCACAGCUCAGAGCACAUGUGAUGCACAUGGUGGUAGUGUGGUAGCAUGGCAUGAUCUCCUGGUGCAUAGCUGCAUCCUGACCCAGUCUGAGAGUUAUGCAAGGCCCGGUCCCGGUAGGAGGUGGGAAGGUGGUAGUAGGAUUGUCAUUGGGAGGUGCUGCUGGUGCAUGUUCUUGAGAAGUAGCUCACUUAACUAGGUGGCAUGCUGGAGUCAUUUCACUUAGAUCGACCCGGACACAGAGAGGAAUGACAGACUGGUUGUUUCAUCUUGAUCCAGUGGGUCGUGGUUCACAGUUUAUUCUGAUAACGAGUAGCUGGUUUAACGCCGUUGGGAGUUCUGCCUUCGUUUCCUUGGAAUGAUCCAACCUUGUUCUCCUAAUGGAUGAGAUGGUUUUUCCUUUAGACUAUAGUUUGGCUGUCAGGUCACCACGAGACAUUCUCCCAACACCAGAAUCGGGUCAUAGAUCUAAAACGUGUCACAACAUUUUCAGGAGUUCCUUCCCUGACCAGCUGAAAGCAUGGAAAUCCCCCUGACUUACAGAAGUAUUGGUGUUUCAACACCUGAGCGGGCCUAAAGCGGGCCCUCCCGGGUCAAGUGGUCCAUGUGUGAUUCUGCAGCAGUGAUUGUUAACCUCUGUGUUGGUGUUCAGUGAAUAUAGAAGAUGUAGAUGUAGUUUUGCUUCAGGCCUGAUUCCCUGCUCUAACAAAGUGAAUUUGGUGUUUCUGUGUUUUGGAUCAUGCGCUGUUUACUGUGAAUGUUCUGGUGCAAUGUAGCGUUUCAGAGCCCAUCUCACAGAGUGGUUCUCUCCUGGAGGAUGGUACCACCACCAGAUCCUGCUGCUCCUGUGUGUAAUUUAGGCCCAGCUGCUUAACCUUGUUGUAAUUACAGCUUUAUGAAUAUUCUGUCGUGGGUUUUGUGAAGUGUUGCUUUCCUUCCAAAGCUGUGAUGCUCUGGACUUCUGUUAAAUCAAGUUGUACAUUUUGUCUUCAUGCUUGGAAUAAAGUUUCUGCAAAGACACUUA